AAGAAUUUCUGGUGGAAUCACUGUCUGGUGUGUUUGACAAUCAGCUGUUUUGGUUCACGUGUGUUUACAACUUGGUUGACGUCGAAGUGGGUCCGACAUAACCACAAAGUUUGCAUAGUCGCAAAGUGAUCCAGUCGCGAUGGGGAAACAUAAGAAGUUUUUAAAGUCGGAAAAGGCGAAAGUGAAGUUGAAAGACAGGAAAUUACCGAAAGGACUGAAUGUCACAAAGACAGAGUUCAAAGUCAGGAAGAUCAUUCUAAGGGAGCAGCUGCAUGAGACCGUUCUCGAGGAAGGAAAAAGGAAGCAAAGUGUGAAGGAGCUUUUAACUCGUCUCAAGCAUCACAACGCUUCAUUUCGAACGGCGGCCAUUCGUUCACUUUCUGAAUACCUGGACAUACAGCGAGAUGAAGUCCACCGUCAUCUAGGUCCCCUUGUACAGGGCAUUGCAGCCGUUUCAUUAGACAUUGAAAAAGAUAUUCGACGCGAAUCCUUCAAGCUCCUCGGCACAUUAUUCUCUCUGGUCCCUGCUUCAUCUAUUGAACCGUUCUUUGAAAUGAUCUCGUCAUAUUUACGAUGCGCUAUGACACAUAUUCAACUGCCAAUUCAAGAAGAUUCGCUACUCAUGCUUGACGUGCUGCUGAUACACGUCCCUCAUUUGGUUGCUGGAAAUAGUAAUCGAAUAUUUUCGAAUUUUCUGGAUAUGAUAUCAAAAUUUCGAGGUGACGCGAAACCUGGAAGAACUCUGACAACCAACGUCGGGAGUAAGAUUACAACCAUCAAAUGGCGGACUAAGAUUUUAGAGCGACUGAAGGACAUGCUGGCAACAAUGAUAAGUCAUAAACAAUCAGACGCGCAGGUUUCAAGUGAUACUAAAAAGAGCUCGAUGGCACACUAUCAAUUCGUUCCAAAUGUCGAUGUGUAUUGUCCCAUCUACAGAAUGCAUUUGAAUACACACUACGACUUAUCUAGCGUUUUGGUUCGAUCUAGGGACGUGGUAAAAGAUACGGAGAGCGAUCGGUUGAGAACAUACAUCAGUCAGCUCGUUCCAUUGUUAUUCGAUUCGUGGCUGGAAGUUCGGAGUUUUGAUAAGCAAGAAUUGCAAAGAAAACAGCUUUUGAUCUCGAACGAUGCAGCAUCAACUCUUAAAACAAUUUUGAAUAUUCUAAUACAUUUGUGGGACUUGGCGGUUAUUUGUGAUAACGAAGAGAACGACACUGAAGUGUGUGAUUGGUUCAAAAAGGAAUGUCGUCAAGAACUUAACGAGCACAUGUUGGGCGGAAUGCCUUAUCAGCAAGCUGAAGGGAGCGGAGUGUCGAAAACCAAAUCAAAGGGCCAAGCAACUGAUCGUGAAGUAUUCGAGUCUUCCGGACCACAUUGCCUGAAUCAAAAUCUAAAUAUAAUUUAUCUUUGUUGCAUAUUGAAUGCUUCCGAAAGAGACCUCAGCUUUGACCAGGCCACGCACAUUUUACAAUUUUUAAUAAAUAAUAUCCAAACAUUCAAACAAUUUUCUCCGGAUUGGGUUUCACCGCUGCCGAAUUGCCUGCGACAAAUUUUAUAUGAAAACGGCGCGUAUUUCCUCCAGAUCGACAAGGCCAAUACAAAAAUGCUCCUUCAGACGGUUUUAAACUGUUUCCAAAAUGAACUAUUCGGACGCGAGAAUAAGAGCAAAAUUCUUACAGUUCUUUGUGAUAUCAUUAUGAGGAAUGAUCUAUACAAAGCCUACGGGGGUUCGGAUUUCAACGGCUGGCUAGAGGAUUUACCGCAAAUAUUGUGCAACCCACAGGUUCCCCUCAGUGUCAUAAUGACGCUUUGUCAGUUAGGGAAACAGAAGAAUCAAGUGUUUUUGCAAGCACUGAGAAAUUCUGCUUUGAAAGUUAUAGAAAAUCUAUCAUCGAUCAACAUUAUUGGAUGCGACGACAAGUUCGACGGGCAAAAAAGUUUAAUGAACAUGUUCUACUGGAUCGACGGCUGGAGUUUAGAGGACCAAGUGAAGGUUAAAGGUCACGCCCAAAUUUAUGUAACUGACGAAAAUACGCUUAACUAUUUCUCGUUUAUCCUAGAACAAUCUUCCAAGAAAAUAAAUGCAUGAGUCAUUUUCCACUUAAA